UUCUUUCCUCUUUCGGCCCGGUGUUGCAUCCAUGAGAGUGUCAGGAAUUGGCACAGGAGUGCACCAGGGCGCAUGCUCUCGGUAGCUCACAGCAGCCCAGAGCCGGGGGCUUAGUUUAAUAAGGAGCGAGCCGAGCGACAGACAAGGAAGAAGGCGGCGGCGGCGGCGGCAGCAGCAGCAGCAGAACUACUAUCAGCAGGCGGAAAAAAAUAAUAAUAAUAAUAACGAGCCCACAGGGCGAAAGCGUCCGCCAUGGGCUUUCCUUUCUUGCGCGCCUUCUCCGUUUCUUCAUGAAUUAGAGCUGAAAGGGUGGGGGCGGGGAGAGCUGAAGACACCCCAAGGCCCCCAGGCAUGGCCAAUUCGUGCGCUGUUCAGGUGAAACUGGAGCUUGGCCAUCGAGCCCAGGUGAGGAAGAAACCCACCGUGGAAGGUUUUACUCACGACUGGAUGGUAUUUGUUAGAGGACCCGAGCAUAGUAACAUUCAGCACUUUGUGGAGAAAGUCGUUUUUCACUUGCAUGACAGCUUCCCUAGGCCAAAAAGAGUGUGCAAAGAUCCACCAUACAAAGUUGAAGAAUCUGGGUAUGCUGGGUUUAUUUUGCCAAUAGAGGUUUACUUUAAAAACAAGGAAGAACCGAAGAAAGUCCGCUUUGACUAUGAUCUGUUCCUGCAUCUGGAAGGACACCCACCUGUAAACCAUCUUCGCUGUGAAAAGCUUACUUUUAACAAUCCAACAGAGGAGUUCAGAAGAAAGCUACUUAAAGCUGGCGGAAUCAUGGUUAUGUCAGAUGGAACAUCAGUUGCUUCGGGGCAAAGUCUUCAUCUCCCUAAUCUUCCCACUAAUUCCCUGUCUUUUUCUGAAGUGAAGAAAAAAUCAUCUCAUGGGCCAAAGGAGCUUAGCAAGAGUGUAAGCACUGGUUGCAGCAGCAGUAGUAGUAACAGUUUUUCAAAGCCCCAUAAAUUAUCAAAGGAGCACAAGGAAAAAUCUUCAAAAGACUCAAAAGAACAUAAAAGUGCCUUCAAAGAACCUUCCAGGGAACACUACAAAUCUUCCAAAGAAUCCUCUAAAAAACCCAAAGAAAACAAACCACUAAAGGAUGAAAAAAUUGUUCCUAAGAUGGCCUUCAAAGAGCCCAAACCUAUGUCAAAGGAGCCAAAAUCAGAAAAUAACAUACUGACCAUAAGUGGUGGACAGCAACAAGAAAAGAAGGCCUCCUCCAAAAGGCCUCCUGGUCUGGAUUCUGAGGACCUUGCAGCCAAAAAGAAGAAGAAAGGUGGAUCUGAGGCUUUAUUUAAAAGUUUUUCUAAUGCUCCCCCACUGAUACUUACUUGCUCCAGUGUGGAGAAAAAACAGACAAAAGAUAAAUCUCAGUUUAAAAUUGGGAAAGUUAAAAUGGAAAGUGAGCCGGUGGAGAAAAAGAAAAAUACAUUACCACCUUUUGAUGAUAUUGUGGACCCUAAUGAUUCUGAUAUGGAGGAGAAUGUGUCUUCGAAAUCAGAAUCCGAGCAACCCAGCCCUGCAAGUUCAAGUUCGAGCUCUAGCUCCAGUUUCACACCAUCUCAGAACAGUCGACAGCAAGGUCCUUUGAGGUCUAUAAUGAAAGAUCUGCAUUCUGAUGAUAAUGAAGAUGAAUCUGAUGAAGCAGAUGAGAAUGACAAUGACUCUGAGAUGGAAAGACCUAUAAAUACUCACGGAGGAAGUAGAGUGCGCAGGGUUAGUUUAAGUGAUGGAAGUGACAGUGAUAGCAGUUCUGCAUCUUCACCUCUACACCAUGAUCCUCCACCUUUAUUAAAAACCAACAAUAACCAGAUUCUGGAAGUAAAGAGUCCUAUAAAACAAAGUAAAUCUGAAAAACAGAUUAAGAAUGGUGAUUGUGAUAAGGCAUAUCUUGAUGAAUUAGUUGAGCUUCACAGAAGGUUAAUGACUCUAAGAGAAAGACAUAUACUGCAACAGAUUGUAAAUCUUAUAGAAGAAACGGGACAUUUUCACAUCACAAACACUACGUUUGACUUUGACCUUUGCUCACUGGACAAAACCACAGUUAGAAAAUUACAGAGUUACCUGGAAACAUCUGGAGCAUCCUGAGGACAUCAGUUGUGGUUGCAUUAAAAACUGCUGGUUGUUUGUUUGUUUUUUAUCUGAAAAAGAAAAAAAGAAAAAUAAAACAUUCAGAACGAUGCAGCCAUGGUGCAAAAACCCCAACAGCUCUCUUCAGCUUUAUUUUUAUUUUAUUUUUUUGUUAAAGCCAGUUCAUCAUCUCUUGAUAAAGGAGAAGAAAAAUGACAAGCCUCAGCGAAUUGCUCUUCUCACCAAGGAAAUGCUCUGGAAGAGUUAGCCUGGAUAGCCUUGAAAAAAAAAAAAACACUUAAUGAAUGUGUAUGGUAUCAUGUGUCUCUCUCUGUGGUACUCCAGGCCACAAGAUAAAUGCAUGUUCAACACACUGCCUUAUUACAUAACUGAUCUAUUUAUUACUGCAUAUGCAUAUUCCAACGUCCUUGAGGGAAUGGCACUACCAGACGCUACAAUGUCCCGUGUCUCACGGAUGCUCCUUGGAUCCAGCACACCGCCAUCACAGGCCUUCUGACCUUACUCUUGCUUUCAUGCCACUUUGUCUUGACCCUUUUGCUAGUACAGUGUGAAAACCCCACUGCAUUGUUUGGUUUCAAUUUCUGUGGUUCCCCAAAAUAAGAUACUGGUGUGGGGUAAGGCAGAAAAGUCUAUCCAUUUUUUUAAAAUGCUCAGUCUACUGUAGCAGGAUCACCCAGGUUAUAAUUAAUGUGCUCAUUUUGGACUACAUGUAACAAAACAAAAGGAGAUUCUGACCUGUUAUUAAGGGGAAAAAACACAAAUGUGUUAAUACAGUAUGCUAUCCCAAUUCAGAAUUGCUUUCCCGUCAACAUUUCUGCAUCUGUUUUAAGGUUAUAUUAGAAACAAAUAUAACAUUAUAAGCAGAUGUUUGCCAUAAGAGGAAUACUAGUUCAGUUUUCAUGGUAUAGACAGAAAGCCCUUGAUUGGGAACUAUUUACGGCCAAUAUGCUGAAAAUUAUUUCUAAAUUUCAUUACUUGUUCCAUACUUCACAUUCAGUUGUAAUAGGGCUCUUAACUCAAACUGGUUAAUCAGAUUAAUUUCAAUUGCAUAAUUAAUACAUAUUAUGUUUGGAUGUGAAUAAAUGAGUUCUAAACUACUCUCCCACCCCCAUCCUUUCUUUUUUUAAAAAAAAAAAAAUUCUACAUUCGUGCAUGUAUUGCUAUAGGGACCACCUGAGAACUUGUAUUCCUUCCAUUUUUUUUUCAGAGAUGUUUGGACUUCUUCCAAAAUGUUACCUGUCCUACCAUUUUAAACUUUUUAAUGGUAAAAUGAUGUUUUCUGAAAAAAAAAAAACAGCCACCCAAUAGAAACAUCUUUCUUUAGUGAAAUUAUCUACUAAACAUCACUGCCCUGAUUUCCAGAAGUAUUUUUUAAUCUUUAACAAAAGUAAUUUCAUAAAACAAAAUAAAACUCCAUUUAAAGAAAGAGGGCAGAAAAGAGGCCUUCUCUUAUUGAAGCCAUUAAAGCAGGGAUGUCAAGUGAUAUAUCCUGAUAGAAGAUGUUGCUUAAGGACUACUUUUGGAUCUGAAGGAUUUGUUAGCCUUUUCAAAAUAAGCUGUGCUUGAAAGGCUGUUGUAUAUCCAAUUGCUGCUUAGUUACCAGAUUAUCAUCUGUUGCUACAGAAUCAUCCUGCAGAAACAUCUAAUGGAUUUCCUUGUUCUUUGUGCACAGUAUGUUGCAGUAUGAAAAAUUAAGUUUGUAGUAAGGUUAUUUCUUCAUCAUCAAAUGGGAAUUCUUAACGCUGUUUCUUUAAGUCCAAAGAAAUUAUUUCCUUUUGUGUGUAUGUUAUGUGUGUGAAUGUGGGUUUAUUUUUUAUUAUUUUUAAAUUAAGAUAUUUGACCUAAACUACGGAAGUCUAUCUUAGACUUUCAAAAGAACAAGUGUACUUUUCUUCAGUAAUGUUAUGACUCUUAUUGAUGAUUGGCAUGAAACAUACUUGAAGUGUUAUGUUCUUUUUUAAGUCCAACUGUUAAAUGUGCAAUUGUUGGGAUGGGAGGUUUUUGAAAUCUUUUGACAUCAGGUGUAUGAUGUGAUCUUGGAGCACGGCGGGAGAUGUUUGAGUGGGUUUUUUACAUUUUUGUUAGCAUUUUUAUAUGAAAUGUUUGAAAAUCUAAAGGCUGUCUUUCAACUUUUUUUAACAGUGCACAUUCAACACGAUUCAUUUCAAUUUGAGCACAAAAUCUGUUCUUUGGGGGAGGGGUCAAUGUUGACUUUUCUAACUAAAUUUUGUGGCAAAAACUCUUGAGAGAUUGUUGGAAGGAGCACAGGCCAACAUAACUUUGACUAUAUACUGGACAUGUGUUUUUUCUUUGUUUUUAAAAAGGCAAAGUAAGUCCUUUGAGCCACAAAAAAUAGUAGCUGAUGUACAGAAUUUGUGGGGGUGGAGGGGUUAACUAUGUAAAGGGAAUAUUACUGAAAUUACAGUAGACUCUUAACUCUGACUUGCAUGUAGCUCAUCAGUCAUCCUUAUAAAAUGUUAGUUCUCUAGUUUGAUGAGAAUGAGGAUGGAAUAAACACAUUUCAGCUGCAUUUGUGUAUUGAAAGUGAAGAGUGUUUUCCACAAAAUUCUGGUAGAAUAAGAGCUGGUAAGUGGUGUCCUUUUUUUAAAAAAAAAACAAUUUACUUUAGUUAUUUUGUAUGCUGAAACAAAAUAAAUUCUUUUUCAAU